GCCAGUUACAAUACGAUCGAGUUUGCGAAAAGACAACUUUGUUGUUCAAAAUAAAAAAGUGUGGUGAAUAAGUGCAAUGGCGAUUGGAAAAGGUGAAGGAAAAGGCCCGGGUGUGGGCAAGUUGGAGUCACAGAUCUACUGCAUCAAAUAUACACUCUUCUGCUUCAAUGUUGUACUAUGGUUGUUCGGCAUUUCAAUAUUCGCGCUAUGCCUCUGGAUCUGUAUAGAGCCUGGCUUCAACGAAUGGAUGCGGGUUUUAGAACUCCAGAAGUACUUCAUCGGAAUCUACAUCAUCCUGAUUGGAUCGCUGGUCAUCAUGGUAGUUGCGUUCUUGGGAUGCGGAGCCGCUCUUAUGGAAAACAUUUUGUUGCUUUAUGCAUACAUAGGAUCACAAAUCGCUUCAUUCGUGUUUGGGCUGAUCGGGUCCUGUGUGGUCCUAGAUUUCUCCACAUACGACUCCAGCAUCCAGUACCUGAUCAAUGACGUCAUCGUGCGCCUCAUGAACAACCCGCAGCACGAGGGCAGCCGGGAGAUUCUGAGGAUGGUGCAAGAAGGGAUCGGCUGCUGCGGCUCCGACGGGCCCAUGGACUACAUCAACAUGCGCAAGCCCCUGCCAGCGGAGUGCCGGGACUCUGUCACCGGCAACGCCUACUUCCACGGAUGCGUGGAUGAACUCACCUGGUACCUGGAGGGAAAGACUGGCUGGCUGGCUGGCAUCGUACUUGCUUCGUGCAUGGUUGCGGUGGUGAACGCUGUCAUGUCUCUCGUCCUGAUUCAAGCAGUGAAAAAGGAAGAAGAGGAAGUAUCAGCGUAUAAGAAUUAAGUAGUUAGUAACUCCAAUUUGUAUUAACAAACGCACGUUUAUCUUAUAAGUAACCUGUCAUACGUAGACAACGUAAAAUUACAUGACAACGAAAGCUUAAACUACAAAUAAAUGCUUGGAAUACACGACGUUAGUUUUUCAAUCCCGGGUAGCUAAACGCGAGGAUAACAUCGCACAAUAAGUAGUCCGCAAAAUUCUGAUAAUAGGAAUAAUAUUAUUUCUAGAGCCAUAAUAUUUAGUCAAUCGAAGCUAUAACAUUAGCUAAGACAGCUGAAGUAGUGGCGGGAGGUGGUAUUGGUUUAAAAAAUAGAACGGCAAGUUAUUAGAAGUUGGUUUCAGCACUAGGAGCUAAUGCCUGGAAAGAACUGCACUGCAGCACGCACUGCAGCACUGGAUUGUUUCAUUUUUCUAGCUUGAAAAUCUUAUCUCGUGGGUUCCGAGUAUAAAUUACCUAGCUACCAGUAAGGGCCACUUGCACCAAUGAAAAUGGAGGGUUAACCCACCAUUUUACCUAUAUGGAAUUUGACAGAUGACAGCCUACUAACCCUGAGUUAAGUGGUUGGUGCAACUGGGCCUAAGUGAUAAAUAUCUUAAUUAUGUUAUUUUAACGAAAAUAUAAAGAUAAAAAUGAUAUUUUUUCUGGCAUAACUACAGUGAAAAUCAAACCAGAAAACGUUUUAUAUUCAAAAAAUAGAGGAAUUAAGAGAUUUUUGUUAAGCUUUCGUGAAACGUGCUCACAGUGUAGUUAUAAAAAUGUGGGCCAAUAUAAUACUGUCAAUUUACCACCGGUAUAACUAUAAUACGUAGGUAUUGUUCUAGUUUUAAGACUAUAAGAUUGUUUUUCAUUAAAUUAUAAUUGAUAUAGAAAAUA